AUGGCGGAAAUAUCAGUGCGAGCAGCUGAGACAACAAUCAGUGGAAAUGAUAGUAGUACGAGAGGGUAUUCCAGCAUUCAAAUAGAUGAGUUAACUAAUGGCUGGGAACGAGUCUCUGAAGGACCUUCCCCAUCACAGGCGACUUCAAAGAAGCGAAAAGAACUAGCAGACCAUAACGACAUUGCUCAUGCAACACCUCUUACUGCAGUACUUUUGAAGCAACGAAGACGAAAUAAGGGAAGAAAGUGA